GAGUCGUCGCUGGGUAGAGCUUCACUGCCAUUGGACGUCUGUGUGGAACAGAAUUCACAUUUUGAGUCAGUUGGAUAAAUCUCGGCGACACUCCUCCCUUUUUGUUUUUUUUUGUUUUUUUUGUUUUACAGAAAGAGUUCCCGCUGGUUGUCCACGAUGUACUCUCUGAGGAAGGUGUCUUGUAGGUAACGCUGGAUCAUCACAGUGGGCUGUGACGUGGAGAUGGUCACUCUGACCGCCUUGCUGACAGUAUGCAUAUGGAUACAAACACAAACCGCCUCAGGACAGCACCGGUGUCCCUCUGCUCCUCCCAGGCUGGUGGAUUUCACCGUGACAUAUUCCCUCCCCUACUUCCAAGCAAACCAAUCCAUACAGAACAUCGAAGUGAACCGGUACGUGGAGCCGACAGAGCUGUACGUCGCGUGCCAGAAUGUGAUAAUAGCAGUUAACGAUACCUUGCAGACUAAAUGGGAGGUGACAACUGGACCUAUUGGCAGUCCAGAGUGUGAGACCUGUCAGGUGUGUGACGUAGAAGUUGACCCCGAGGAUCCAGUGGAUACAGACAACCAGGUUCUGCUGUUGGAUCCUGAUGGAUUUUUCUUGCCAUACUUGUACUUUUGUGGAAGCACUCAGCAUGGAAUCUGUUACUUUAUUGACAUUGGCGCGCCAAAGCCUGAGGCUAAGUGUUUAUACAAAAAAGAGCGAAACUCUCCAACCGACUGUCCGGACUGUCUGGCCAGCCCACUUGGCACCAAAGUCACCAUCGUUCUGCAGGGAGCUACGUCGCUCUUCUUGACUGCAGCCUCCGUCAACAGCACGGUGGCGCAGAGGUAUCCCAGGAGGUCCAUAUCAGUGAUGAGGCCACUUUCAACCGAAGAUGGCUUUGAAAUGAGAAUGAAUGUCACGGUGCUCCCCAGCCUACGUGACUCCUACAGCAUUGACUACAUAUACAGUUUUUCCACCACGGACUAUGUCUACUUUCUGUCCCUGCAGAGGGAAAAUCCCUCCAAGAGCAACUCCACUUUUCAGACUCGUCUGGGACGUCUGCCUCUUUCGACUCUAGAGAUGUGGAUGUACAGAGAGGUGGUUUUGGAGUGCCGGUACGAACCAAAGCGCAGGAGACGGAGCGAGGCUUUCAGGGACAUUGUGUAUAACGGACUACAGGCUGCAUAUUUUGGCCGAGCGGGGAAGGACUUGGCCGACGAGCUGACGGUGCACGAGACUGAAGAUAUUCUUUAUGGGGUGUUUGCGGAGGUGAAUGAGCGUGGUCAGCCUCAGAAAAACUCAGCCCUGUGCGCCUUUCCUUUGACCAAAGUCAACUAUGCGAUCGACAGAGGCGUGGACGCCUGCUGCAAGCACAGCACGGAGCAGCUGUCCAGAGGCCUCUGCCACUUCCAGCCAUGUGAGAGCUGCCCACAUGAAAGCAAUGAAGGGAAUGACGCUUGCACUGCCAAGGCCACCCUGGUCUCACAGCCCUACUACAGGGUUGACCUCUUCAACAGCCAGAUGAGAAAUGUGCUGUUCACCUCCAUCCUGGUCACCACUAUUGGGAACAACACGCUGGGACAUUUUGGCACCUCGGAUGGCCGGAUACUGCAGGUGAUUCUUACGCUGUACAGGCCGAUUGUUUUUGCCAAUUAUUCACUGGGAGAGACGGCGGUGUCCAGAACAGCAGCCGUGUACUCCAAAGAGUCGCUUCUGUUUGUGGUUGGAAAUAAGAUGUUCAGGGUGCCCUCUGCAGGACCUGGGUGUUCACAUUUCAUGACAUGCUCCAUGUGUUUGACGGCUCCACGCUUCAUGAACUGUAGCUGGUGUUCAGGAAUCUGCUCGAGGAGGCAGGAGUGUGCCUCGCAAGAGAACAAAGACUCUUGUGCACCUGUCAUAACCGAGUUUUUCCCAAAAACGGCUCCUGCCGGUGGCGAGACUGAGUUGACGCUGUGCGGUUCAGAGUUUCAGUCUCCUCUGAGACCGGCCAUCAUCAGCGGCAAGACCCACAUCAUCACGGUGGGUUCUGGAGCCGUGUGUUCUGUCCUGCCGGAGAAGAGCAGUAACAACAGGCUUGUGUGCAAAAUUCAUGAAACAACUCCCAACCAGAACCUCAACAUCACUCUGCAAGUGCACGAGGGAGAAGUGGAGGGCCGCUACUCGAUCGAAGGCAUGGCUCAGAUGUCUGGCUUCUCUUUUGUGGAACCCACCAUCACAGAAAUCAAGCCCCACUACGGACCCAUGUUUGGAGGAACAACAGUCACGCUAAUAGGAAGAUAUCUUAAUUCUGGGAAACAAAGAGACGUGUACUUUGCAGGCAAGAAGUGCAACAUUCAGAGUGUUUCUGAGGAAAGCGGGACGUCGUCUUCAAUCAUCUGCCUCACAGCCGCUGCAGCAGCCGUUGGACCUGCACCUGUGAAAGUCAUUAUUGAUCAAUUUCAAGUGGCCUCCACUAAGAUGUUCCACUACAGAGAAAACCCUGUUGUAACCUCUGUACGUCCUUAUUGCAGUUUCCAAAGAGGCUCCAAGCUGCUGAUAGAAGGUCAGAAUCUGGACUCUGCCUACAAAACUGUGGUUCAGUACACUCCCAAAAAUCCUGUUGUGGAAACUUUACAACGAGUCUGCGACGGCACAGCGAACGCCACGCAUAUGGAGUGCUGGGCUCCUGCUUUUCCAGAGGAAAUGCCCGAAGACAGGUCAGAACCGGGAGUGAUUUCUAUUCACGUCGAUGGAAAAAAUAACCUCUUCAAGCGACGUUUCGACUACUACCCUGAUGCCAAAGUCAUUCCCUUUGAAACCGAUGACAAUGUCUUACUGCUAAAACCGGGAGAAGAUGAGGUUUCACUGCAUCACAGCAAACUAAAUACAGUGAGCACCUGUAUGAGGAUCUCAAUGACCAUCGGGGGCGUGCCCUGCAACGCUCAGGUUCUGUUAAACGAGCUGACCUGCAGGAUUCCUAAAGGCCUGGUUGUUCCCAGCGAAGGGCUUCCUGUCAGAGUGUCUGUGAACAGGGAGGUUUACGAUGUGGGUACGGUAGCCUACGACGACAGCAACAACACCGUGAUCGCGGGCAUUGUCCUGGGCAUCAUUGCUGCUCUGGUAGUAGGUGCCGGCCUUGCAUUGCUUGUGAUGAUUCAUUUGAGGAAGAAGAAGAGAGCCAACAUAGAGAGUCGUCUUUCAACAAUGUUGUCACGCAGCCGCAUGGGCAGCACCCUUAACGCCUCCCCGACGGGCGACUACAGACGAGUAGAUCUAUCCAGUCAAACCUCGGGCUCAGCAGGAAUGGCUUUCCAAGGUUUACUGUACGCUGCCAGCUAUGAUCAUCUCGCUGUUCCUUUAAUGUCGCGGGACAGCAUCUCGAUGGUCAGCUUGAGUUCUGACCUUCUCGAAGAGGUCAAAGACGUGCUGAUCCCCGCCGAGAUGCUCCGAAUCGAGGACAGCCAGAUCAUUGGCAAAGGUCACUUUGGGACAGUUUAUCACGGAUACCUGAUAGACAGCAAUAAGCAAGAGACCCACUGUGCUGUUAAGUCAUUAAACAGGAUCACAGAUUUGGGUGAAGUGGACCAGUUCCUCAGAGAGGGCAUCAUCAUGAAGGCCUUCCACCACCCCAACAUCCUGUCUCUGCUGGGCAUCAUGCUGCCCAAAGAAGGGCUCCCUCUGGUGGUUCUGCCGUACAUGAAGCAUGGAGACGUGCGGCAUUUCAUCCGCUCUGAGAAAAGGAACCCGACGGUGAAAGACCUGAUCGGCUUUGGGCUUCAGGUUGCCAUGGGCAUGGAGUACUUAGCUCAGAAGAAGUUUGUUCACAGAGACCUGGCUGCACGUAACUGCAUGCUGGACGAAACUUUCACAGUAAAGGUGGCUGACUUUGGCAUGGCCAGGGACAUAUAUGACAAGGAGUACUACAGCAUCCAAGAUCACAAGAGGGUCAAGCUUCCAGUUAAGUGGAUGGCUAUCGAGAGCCUGCAAACGCAAAAGUUCACGACCAAGUCUGAUGUGUGGUCAUAUGGCAUCUUACUGUGGGAGCUGUUAACCAGAGGUGCUAGCCCUUAUCCAGACGUGGACCCCUAUGACAUCACACACUACCUGUUGAAGGGUCGUCGCCUUCCGCAGCCACAGUUUUGCCCAGAUACUCUCUAUUCAAUCAUGCUGGCAUGUUGGGACCCGGAGCCUGAGCGCCGACCGAGCUUUCACAGCCUGGUAACAGAAGUACAACACAUCCUGUCCUGCCUGGAAGGAGAGCACUACAUCAGCUUGAAGGUUACCUAUGUCAACCUAGACCAGCCAAAGCCUUAUUCUGCCCUGACUGGAUCUGCAGAUGAGGCCGAGGCCUCGGACUUGGACGCGGACGGUCACGCCGCCAGCUGAAAGCGCUGCGACACGAGACUCUGUGGCAAAGAUCACAGCAUCCAGGUUAGAGUUGGAAAGCACACGAGAAGGGAGACGGCUUUUCUCACCAGAUAAAUUGUUGAUUAUGUCCACGAACCUGAGCACAUGGAACAUUUGACUACUGAUUUCAAUGACACUGUAAACUCAAACUGGAGACAGAAUCACGUCAGAAGCUUCCCAUCCUGGUUACAAAGCUACAAAGCUGGAGGCAGCAUGUAGAGAUGUUUUUCUAACCUUCCGAAGCACGUGUGAACGAGACAAAGUGAAUGUAAAAUGUGCUUUUGUUGUCAUAUUUGUAGCAUAGGAUGAGGUACAAUAUGCUGUAAUACAUAUAGAGUAUGUCUCUGCGUCAGCAAACUGUUAGACAGGGUCUAUGAAUGCUGACUCGUGCUCAGGGGUCAACAAUUUAGCUUUUUAGUUUCAAUUUUCUUGCCAAAUGAGGAUAUAAUAUCCUGUUAUACAUGCUGGUGAAUGUACAUUUAGUACAAGGGGGCAUGUGUACAUCACACAUGGAUGCAGAAUAACUCACAGAUUUAGAGCCAUUUAUGCUCUUGUUACCAACAGCUCCGCACAUGCUGAAUUACACGGUGAACUUUCUUCCAUUCAGUACCUGUAGCUCUCACUAGAGGGCAGCCAACGCCUCCUUUUAGGCAGCGCUGGAGUUGCUGCGGCAGUGAUGCUCUGCACUACAGCAGACAUCUCCACCAAGGUGUCGCACAAACAGUACAACUAUAUUUAUCUGAAACUCAGACAUCCAGACUUCCACUCUCGAAUUCAGUCUCUCGACUCAAUCAGCACAGAGCAGCAUAUGGCACAUUUUUGGGGAGAUUCUUUGCUUCUUGCAUGUAAUUGAACAAAUCUUCACACCGCAUUAGACAACACAAGGCAGUUUAUAAUGUAAAGACUCUUUUUUUUAAACUUUUAUACUGACACUGCGAACCAAAGAACUGGUUUAUGUUGACAGACACUUUCUACCAGAGGCAAUGGAUUUGUUUCUCACAUACUUGAUUUUUUUACUGCAUUAUUUCUUUUCUUUGAAUCCAAGAGUGAUCCGAUCUUAUUAUUUCCUUGCACUAAUUUGUACUGUAAAGAGAGUUUUUAUACAAGCAAACGGUUGAUUGCAUCCAUUUCUCUAGAAAGAAACGUCUCGGACUUGUCCUGAAUAAAUUUUAAGAAAAUAUACUCGCUGCAGAACAGCAAACAAGAGGAAAAAAAAAAAACAACUCACUUAAAACUGAAUACAUAACUGCUGAAAAAUGCAGCAAUGCACCGCAACAAAAGAGGGAACAAAAGUUCUUCAUGAAAGUGCAUCAUCAAAGCCAGAGAUGAAAAUGCUGCUGAAUGCAGUGACACGGGUCUGAGGCAGCACAGCUCUUGUUCUUUGCCAGGUAGAUGAGAGGAAAACACACACACACACACACACACACACACACACACACACACACCGUUAGAGGCCUGAGUGAUGUCAGCUCAACCAGAGUGAAAACUGCACGCUUCUGCCUAAUCUGUGUAUCUAGCAUUUGUAAUACUCUAUGAAUAAUUUAUGGAUCUAAAAAAAGAUUUAUUUUUUUAUUUUUUCUUCCAUCCCUUGCCUUUAGGUACUAAAAAGGUGGCGGUAAUAAUGACAAGCUCUGGCUGGGUUGAGGUAGAGGUUCAGGUUUUGAAGCGAGGAGAUGUUUGGAGACGAGUGACAAAACAAGAAAUCGUGGAUAUUUUUCUGUUACACUGAAACAUACACAAGAUAUCUUUGGUUUAGAUGUUACUGGUCAUUAACAGCGUCCACGCUUUCAACAUCAUUUGAGCUCCGAAGAAAUAAAACCAGAUCUGGCUACUGUUCA